AUGAUUAAAAAUGGAAAUAUUGAACGACAAAUGCGUUAUUCACCUGAAGAUAUUCAAUUUAAAAAUGAACCACAAGCACAAAAUAUUGCGUCAAUUUCUGUUAUACAACAAGUUCCUUUAGCUUCGAAUGUUUAUCAAGAUGAUGAGCAAAUUGAAUUGAUAUCAAUUACUCCGUAAGCUGGAAAAAAUAAGGAAGCAGAAAAGUUUGCACAUUUUGAAAAAGAUGUAUUUUCCGAUCCGGAAGAAGCAUUUUCUGGCGCUAAAAAGUAA